CCAACAACUGUCCACCAACUUCGUGCACCAAAAGACCACGCACGCGCGCACGGAUUCUCAACUCUCCGAGACCGGUGCCGUGCGGUGCGCAAACCGUGCAGAGCAGUGCGACCAGCUGUUUUUGUCGUCCGUCCGCGGUCGCCAAUCAGUUUCCAACCAACUGUCGAUCAGAUCGUCUCAGCGAUUCGCGCGCUCCCAGUCCCAGAGUCUCAGUCUUCUUAGCAGCAGCAGCAGCAGCAGCAGCAGCAACAGUCCCAAACACUUCCGUCGUCCGUCCGUCCGUGGUGAAGCGUUUUCGCGGUUCGAUUGAUCGUGCGUACCUACAUACAGCAGCAGCAGCGCAGCGUGCUGGUUGAGAGUUGCGUCAGAGAUCUGAGACCGCGUGCGCGCGUGUGAAGUGUAUAUCGAUCUACUACAACACCACAAGUAUAAGAUCCGGUGAGCGGUUGUCCGUUCUAGACAGUUGCGGUCUAGCGGUGAAGCAAGCAGCUCUCGUUUUGCAAAAUUCGGAAGUGUGAUCAAUUUGUCGCGCGUGUGCGGGUGAUUUGAUUUGGUGUGAUCGAUUUACGAUUUUCUUUUGGGUGGAAAUUCUGACGAUUGGAUAAUCCUCAUAAGUAGGAAAAGGGCUUGAUCCCAUCAGUGUUACCGUUUGUUGGUGCGAACAGUUGUGGAAAAGAUAAACGGCUAUUCUACUGAAAGUGAGACAAUUGACAUUGGAAGUGCGACAGUUGGUGAAUCAUCAAUAUCAAUCAAAACGACAACGGCAACAGCAGCAGCAGCAGGAGGACACAACACCUCAACAGGCGGCAACAGCAACCGCAAUAAUCCAGCAACACCCGAGGCACACGACCCUCCCACACCGGUCACCCCUUGCUCUCGUUCGCAGAGAAGGAGCAAAGGAAAACUCCGUGGUGUCGGAAUCGUUGAUGUGGUCGCCGCCGUCGGUGCAGUGAGAAAUGCUAACACGAAGAAAAUCGCUGCAAUUAUAACUCGAGUGGUGAAUUAGUGAAGCGCAACGCAGUGCAAGAGUUGAAAGUUUAUCCAAGAGUGCGCGACUUUACUACACACGUACCUACGUACGUACGACGAAUUUUCGAAACCUUCGCUCAGUGUUGAAGCAAUCGUGGUGCGCGCGCAAAAAAAGAUUGUGCGCCAAGAAGACGACUAAACAGAAAAAUAUUUAUUAGUCCCCGUGGUUGACCCAUCGCAUCGUCAUACAGUAGUGAAACCGUGAAAAGUGCCAAUUCGCGCGAAAAGUAGAGGGGGUGAAAGGCAGAAAAGGCAGAAGAAGCACGCAAAAGUACACACAUUUACAGCAGCAAUGACCGUGGCGGCGUAUCAGGAUGUGGCGGCGGCGUCCAAACUGCAACCCACGACAGUGGACCCAACCGUCGUUACCAAUGCGGAGCAGAUCGAGCAAAAACUGACCGAAAUUCAGCAGUUCUACGAACGGACCAGUGUUUUCAUCACCGGCGGAACUGGAUUUCUGGGGAAAACACUGAUCUACAAACUGCUCACAAGUUGUCCCGGCAUCGAAAACAUCUUCCUGCUGGUACGGACUAAACGCGGGAAAGAUAUAUUUUCACGAGUAGAAGAAAUCUUCGAUGAUGCCAUGUUCGACAAAAUGAAACUAGCCUGCCCAAAGUACGACCAUAAAAUCCGAGCCAUCGCGGGCGACUGCAUGCUGCCCAACCUCGGCAUCAGCCCGUCCGAUCGGGAAAUUCUGGUCGAAAGUGUGAACAUCGUCUUCCAUUUGGCGGCCACCGUCCGGUUCGACGAAAAAAUGAAAACCGCCAUGCAGAUCAACGUCAAAGCCUGCCGGGACAUUCUGGACCUGUGCUACGAGAUGAAACACCUCAAAUCGGUCAUCUACGUGUCGACGGCAUACACCCAGUGCCCCCAGAAGGUGGUGGACGAACGGUUCUACGAGCCACCGAUCGACUCCACCAAGAUGAUCUCGCUCACCGAUUGCGUCAGCGAUACCAUGAUGGAAAACAUCACACCCAUAUUGCUGGACAAAUGGCCAAAUACCUACACAUUCACAAAGGCUAUCGCCGAGGAUGUAGUACGACAGAACAGUAGGGGUAUGCCGAUAGGCAUGUUCCGACCGGGCAUCGUCAUCGCCACCUACCAAGAGCCGGUACCGGGAUGGAUCGACAAUUUCUACGGACCGACGGGAGUGAUAGCCGGCGCUGGAACCGGUGUGCUGCGAACGCUCCGAGCUGAUCCCACCAAGGUGGCCAACAUGGUCCCAGUGGAUCUGUGCGUCAACGGUAUCAUUUCGGCAGCUUGGGACAUUGCCGAACGGUUUCGCACAGAAAUCAUGCCGGACCCGGACAUUCCAGUGUACAACUUCUGCACGGAGCGGAGCAACUGCAUCACCUGGGGUGAUUUCACCUACACCACAAUCAAGUUCGGCUCGAUGUAUCCCACCCUCAAGUCGAUCUGGUACCUGUGCUACACGAGCAACCCGAACAAAGUCAUGCACUACCUGUCGAUA